CUGAUCGAUGAUGUGAUAUGGAAUCAAAGCGAAAUCGCCAUUGGCAAUUGCCAAGCUACAGUCAAGGAUCUGGCCAGACUGGUAGAGAAGAUCAAAGAAGUAUCAAGACCUGGGACAAUAGGAUGGAAAGUCCAAGCCGUUUUUGAGUUGAAGGUUCAUGAGCGAGACUUAGCUGGCUUCCGACACAAAGUCCACCAAUCUAAUUCAGCUCUUCAAACCAUGCUUCAUAUCAUUGUUAUUCUUACGGAACUGAAUAAUCUAAAACAAUCGAUGAACAACGCAUGGAAUGUUUCAUCGAAACCAAUCACAGGUCUACAGGACUCAACGUCCAAGGAUAGACCGCACCAUAACAUCACACGAGACCUGCGACAUUUGGCUGCAGCUGCUGAAACUUUCUACCUCACAGCGAGCUCAACAACAGGGACAUUGAAAAGCGAGGACGGCAAAAGCGUAUUAAACUUAGUUGUAGAUCUCCCUUACUUGCGGUACCAACUCCUGGAGAAAUAUCUCUACAAUUUUCGCUCUGGGCAUCUUCCUUCGGUUUCAAGCUUCCCCUCUGGACUUAGGGCUGUUGACAAAAGAUCUUUCAAAUCGCACUUCACAGUCGAGGGCCCAACCGCGGCAGAAACAGCGAAUAACGGUACCAGAACCGUGAUAAAGCACAAGCUUCGUCAUACGGUUUCCAGUACUUUCGAUAUUCAGAAAGAGGAAGAUGUCGUCUUAGCGGGAAUGAGAGUGCUGGCAAUUGAAAGUAUUAAAGCGCUAGACUUCGACGAAGCAAUCCGCUUGAUCAAAGAGGUCGUCUGCGAUGGAUUCGAAACGAAGAGAAGAAACUUUGACUGUUUCGAGACAUUCAGCCAACUAAUUCUUUGCUACUUUUUCCAGGGAGAGUGGCGACUCGCUGAACCAUUUGUCAAUCUUCUCUCUCAGUCAAAUGGGAAAAUGCCAGACUCAAGUCAUGAUUUAGUUAUCUGCAACUUCAUCCACGUUCUAUCACUUUGCUACCUAGCCGAGUAUUCCUUCAAGCGAACCCUUGAAUACUGCAAGCAAGUAGUCUGCGGGAAGAGGAAACUAUACAAGGCCGGACAGGCUAACAGGAGAGAGUACGAGGAAACAUUGGGAUUAUACGCGACCAUAUACGAAGUUUCUGGUGACUGUCUACGUGCAGAGAUCUUCAGGCGCCGACUGUUGGCAAAUUUCACAUACAAACACCCAGAGAAUGUGGUUGUUUUCUUCCAAGGCCACGAGAACUUACUUAACAGCAUCAUCGGCUCGGACAAUAUCCAGACACUAACUGGAGCUCUUCUGACGAGUACGGCUGAGUUAGCAGCGACUCCAAUGGAUGCUACUCAUGGUGGAGUACCAGCGAAGAUAUCUGUCGGAAAUAUCCUAAGAAUGAAACUUACCAGAUACGAAAUGCUUGAGCGUGAUACUGCGAAAGAGGCAGUCGUCGACACUCUCCGUUCGCCAUACGAGGCAGAUGACGAGCUUUCGCCUAUAGGAAUGACUAUAACACAUCCCCAAAGUCCUAAAGAGAAGUCACCGAUCCGGAGGCAUCUCACUCGGAUCUUCAAAUCACGGAGCUCUCGCCUGGACUUAUUGGGCUCUGCUAGCAGAGAUGAAGGCGACUUGCCAAUGACUGAUAGUCCAUCGACUACGGAACCCUCAAGUAGAUUUAGGCUGUUCUCUCAUAGAGGACCAAAUCUCAAAAAAUCCAGAACCCAACGGCGAGCGCAUGCUGAGACUGCUAUGUCUGGUGGAAUUAUAGUGACUAGGACUAUAGAGAUUGCUGAACAGGAUUAUGGGGCUUCUACCGCUCAUACUGGUCGUAGAAUUCUAGCCGAUUCUACAUCAGCCGAUGAGUCCCUAAACUCUGAUUCGGGAUUUCAUGGAAUCAGAGAACAGCAAUUAAAAGCAUCAUCUCACCUCGGAUCGGUGGACACGUCUCGCCAUGAAUUAGGAGAUACAUCGCCACCAGAUCAAACCAAAGACAGAUCGCAAGCAACCAACUGCGAAAGCGGGUAUGGAAAGUUGGAUAACAUGAUUGAAUUUGAUGAUGAUUCUGAUGAUGGGUCCACGGCUCUUGACCAUGAAUUGUCCUCCAAAACACCUCCGGCCACCGACAGUGACCCGCAAACUUCGCAUUCACCUGCAGACAAUUUUGACCACGACGCAAAAGCGCCAGUUGGUAUAGACAGCAAUCGGGAUACAAUAAGACAGGGAAACCCUCACGACUUUCCUCCUAUGUUCGAAAAUUAUCGUGCGGAGCUCUGGUUUGGCGACAGAUGGGCUCAAGCACUUCAAAGCGUUACUUCUCAGCUAGCGAUCCAUCUCUCCUCGAUAAACCGGAAUGAAGAUUUAAACAGUCUGCAGGACCAUAACCAGGCGCUAACUGAGCUUUUCCCAAGUUUCAAGGCCCUCAGAAAUGAUCCGAAUAUGGUCAAUGCCAUUAGAGUGGCCAUGUUCAGGUUGCGGAAGAAGAUCAAGGCAUUGCCGCAGGUUCACGAGGAUUCCGGUUACGAGUCUACCCAGAAUCCUCGGAACAAAGGAACAGCUGUGACGGAGUCUACGGAAAUCUCACGGACUUGUCGCCCGCCAGUGAUCAGGAACACAGCUUACGCUGAGACGCAGGACAAGGUGCAGAGCUCAAACCAAACCCCAGAUUUCUCUUCAGAAACUGUUUUUUCUUGGCGUGAAGAUCCAAGCAACUUGUUAUCCUCAAACGAACAUCCCGAGAUUCUGUGCUACCACCAGUUUGAAGAUAUAGGUGACGAUACUAAAAGAUUCGCUGAUAUUGAUGCAUCGAAAGCACAAGUGCCGGAUAUCGAGCAUCCGCACAAUACCUCUACUGCGGGAAUAAGAAUAGGAACAUCUUCCGUCACAAAGAAUAAGGCAUCCGGAAUAAAGGAAGCGCGCAAAUAUGAUGACGGCCCACCUUUUGCCUUUUCACCCGUACGGACACAUGUUGACGAGCCCGUCCAAAUACUUCCAAGGCUGCCGCUUUCCACAUCUCACCACACUCAAGUGACAGAUCUAAGUCUGAUAUGUCCGCCACCUCGUUCCGAUAAAAGACAAGGCUCUCUGUUCAAAGAUGAAGACGACAUAUAUUCGGCCACUCCGAUAGAAAUAGUCAGGCGGCAUCGACCGGAGGCAACAUAUAUUCCUACUCAGCAUGACAUCACAUAUUACAUGGAA